AUGCGCCAACUGUAUCAGGCAUGCGUCACACCAAUUAUAGACGACGCAUCGACGGUCUGGCACAAUCCGCUCCGAGACAAGAUAUAUCUUCGGCUCCUAGAGACAGUACAAAGAACGGCUCUCAUCCGAAUCCUUUCAGCCUUCCGGACAGUUUCCACGGUGGCACUCGAAGUUGAAUCCUACAUGCUACCCACUCACUUGCGACUCAAGCAGCGGGGACAGACGGUGGCUGCUCGCUUCAGCACGCUACCAGAAGACCACCCGGUCCAUGAAGUAAUCAAGCGAGCAAAGGAACGCAGCACUUAUACCGGCUCCGGAGCCCGCUUUCCCCUCGCCGAAAAACUGAGAACCAUGGACCUUAGGCGGCUGCUGGCCUUAGAAACAAUCGACCCAAAACCACUAGCACCGUGGCGAGCCCAGCCGUUUAUAGAAAUUGAGAUCGAGCCGGAUCGAGAGAAAGCUCAGGCUAACGCCCUGGCGAAGCAAUCCACAAGAAGUAUUACAGUCUUUUCAGAUGCUUCAGGAAAAGAGAAUCAACUAGGGGCCGCAGCAGUAGCGCUUGACCUCAACCGGCAGAUAACGGGGUCUCGACAAGUCAGUAUCUGUUCAAUGGAAUACUGGUCAGUCUACGCGGCUGAGCUCAUGGCAAUCUACUAUGCAAUCGGGCUGGUUUUUCCACUGGCACGGAAGAACCCAAGUUACUACAACUACGACCCAAAGCCCAGCGACAAUCCUUAG